GCUGUGCGCUACACAAUUUCGUUGCAGUCGAUUGAUUUUACUAUCGUGCCUAAAGAAAUUCUACAUCAAAGAUGUAAACAUUAACAGCGAAUGCGGUUGCAAAACAAACGAGCGCGUAACUACAGCGAAUAAGUGAUAAAUAAAUGAAAAUUCGUCUAUGAUAACAAAGAAAUUCUCCAUCGCAAUGCCGAAAACAGCUGCUGAACGGGCGAAAGCGUACAGAGCAAGAAAACGGGCGAUGAAUCCAACGAAAAAGCAGGCGAAAAGUGGCAAGCAGAGAAGUCAAGAAUACAGAGCAAAGAAAAAACUAAUGAAAACAAAUGCGAACGACAUUACUAACACAAACCGGGUUACUGAACUGCCAGCUGAUGGGGAGGCAACAAGCAACAGGCACGAUGUUGCUCCAGCGCCACCACCGAAACCAAUUAAAACCUCUGCACAACGAAUGCGUGAAUAUAGGGAGAGAAAACGCGCAAGCCGACCACCGAAGAAGCCAGCGAAAAGUAAUACACAGCGUAGUCAAGAGUUUAGAGCGAAGCGAAGACUGCUGAGCCCGGAGAUACGCAGUUUAGCUGCCAUGUAUGUGGUGGCUGAAUUGACAGUCGAUCAGGGAGCUACGAAGGAUAAUGCUGAGGGCUUUGAGUGUGCCUAGAGAGCUUAGCGGGAAUUUAUUUGAAAAAUAUACCUCUCCCCGUUAAAUUUAAAGUUUACGACACACGCAAGGAAAUCUUACUUCUGGCGUAUUUAGUUCUGGGAUCACAACUUUUUAAUGUCCCGAUAAGCUUUAGAAAAAUAAGACUAGCGGUGUAUUUUCGUAUGUCUAAAGAUAAAUAGUUUUCGAAAAUCAAUUUGAAAUUAUUAAAUUAGUUGUAAUUAAUUAAAAAAAUAUGUUGAAGUUAUUCGGGAAGAAAAACUAUUUUGAUAAACAAU